CCGGAUAAAAUAAGGAAGGAAAAGCAGCGGGAGAAAAGAAGCGAUGGUGAACUUGUGACCCGUCUCCUGUUUGUCGGCUGAAAGCUGCCGUUUGUUUACUAUUUUUGUUAUUGGGGCUGUUGCAUUAAAUGGAGUUGAUUUAAAUCAGUCAUGGCUGAGGAAUCAGGAGAGGAAAUCCAGCUACUCAGAAGUCAGAAGCCAAAGCUUAUAGAAAUCCUGAGUGCCGAUCCCGACUUUGUACUCCAGCAUGCAGAUGCUCGCCGUCUGCUGCCUCUUCACGCCUACCAGCACGUGAAAUCUUGCCGCGUUCCCAGUGAAAAAGUGACAGAGCUUUUGGAUCACGUCAUACAGAGAGGUCCCGAAGCAGCAAAAGAGCUACUGGAGCUUUUCAAGGAUAACGCCUUGCAAGAAACCUUCCCAAGCCUUGACUUUAUUAACAAACUGAAAGUCAACACACGGUCCUCGGGAGGAAAAGAAACCUCAGAAAAAAGAAAACAAGCACCUGAGAUACCAGAUGUCAUUCCAAACAAAAAGAUCUGCAACAAUGGCUCUGGCAUGGUGAGUGAGAAACAGCUGAUGUCUGUGGCCCGUACCAUUGGCAAAUCUUGGAGGGCGAUUGGCAGAGAAGCUCUGGAAAUCUCAUCUGUGAAACUGGAGCAAAUCGAAGAGGACCAUAAUCUCCAUGUGGAGCGAGUCUUUGCCAUGCUGUGUCACUGGCGUAACUCGCAGAGGGAAAAAGCCACACCCACUCAACUGCAUUCACUUCUCAGUCAGGGAGAGUGGAUGUUGCCACCUGAAAGCAUCGACUUCCUGUUGAAGACUGACUGAUUACUUGCUUGGAGUAUAAAGGAAAUGUUUUUCAUAAAUAUCAGGGCUUAAACAAGAACAAGAUUGUAUUGUUUACUACUCUGCAUUUAGCACUACUGUGUUUUAUACUGUACAUUUUUAAAUGAUGCAUUAACAAUUAUUGUAGGAAAGUCAUAGAAGUUUUGCCUCAUGAAAUCUCUUACAAGAGUUGCUUUUAUGUCGGUUUUCUGUUGUGGUAUCUGUGGUAUGAUUUUUAUUCACCUUUCAUUUGAGAAGAUAAUGAAAAGAAAGCUGUACUUACUUCAUUUGAACGGUAUUUUCUUUUUGUGUUGGGAUUAUUGAUCUUAGGGAUGAAGCUCAGCCGUCCACAUGAAGCAGCAGAGAAAAGAACAUUUUCAAAACUCUUUCGUGGAAAACAUCUGCAAAAGACAGAAGCAGGAGAACCUUAGUACCACUUGAAAUAACUCUUUGUAAUUGUUGUAUUAUUCGUUCAACUGCCAUAAAAUAAACAAUAUGUUAUUUUUA